CACCGCCGGUUUUCUGCCACCGCGACGCUUGUCGGCUGUAGCGGUUGCUGGUGCACCUCUUUCAACGUCCUACUGUGGGUCACUUCAACACUCAAGUUAACCGUUCAUAGCAGAACAGAUUCUCAACAUGUCCAACAAAAGCAAAGCUUUCACCAGGGAGGAGGAAUUACUUCUCCAGGAUUUCAGCAGAAAUGUAUCAACCAAGUCGUCUGCUCUUUUCUACGGAAACGCUUUCAUCGUUUCUGCCAUUCCCAUCUGGCUUUUCUGGAGAAUUCAUAUGAUUGACCUGUACUCCUCCCUGAUCUCAUUUGUUGUUGUAACACUCAUUAGCACCUACCUUGUUGCAUUUGCAUACAAGAACACCAAAUUUGUUUUAAAACAUAAGGUGGCAGUGAAACGCGAAGAUGCAGUUACUCGUGAGAUGACCAAAAAGUUGGCUGAAGACAAGAAGAUGAGCAAGAAGGAGAAAGAUGAAAGAAUUCUGUGGAAGAAAAAUGAAGUUGCUGAUUAUGAAGCUACUACGUUCUCCAUAUUCUACAACAAUGCGUUGUUUUUGGCUAUUGUCAUUUUUGCCAGCUUUUAUGUCCUGAAAUCUUUCACCCCCGCCUUCAAUUACAUCUUAUCUGUUGGAGUUGCUGGUGGCCUCUUGGCUCUUCUUUCAACUGGUACCCAGUAAAAAGAAAAUAAUUUAUACAAGACUGGGGGUUCUUCUAAGAAAAACCUUACAUGUUUGUGAAAUAUUUAUGUUAUGAAUUUUUUGAUAUUAAAUCUAAAAACAAAGAAA